ACUUAAAAAUGUCUGUAGGUAUAUGUCUCUCUUUGUAAACACUGGUAUUUAGCACCCUCUACAGGUGAGCAUGUGUCUCUAACCCCCUGAACGACCCGGAAGUACAUCCAUCUCUCUCGGCCACGCGUGUGUAAGCCGGAAGGAGCCAAAAUGGGCAAGUCCUGCUCGUAUGGAAGCCACAAGAGCGACAAGAAGAAGCACAUCGCAAAGACGUGGAAGACGAAGCGCAAGACCAAAGACCUGGACCAGAUCCACUCGGACAUGAAGCCGGAGACCGCAGCGCAGUUACUGAAGCAGGAGGUGGACUUCGAUGUGACCGGGUGUGCACAGCACUACUGUCUGCACUGCGCGAGAUAUUUUGUGGAUAUGAGAUCCUUGAAAGAGCACUUCAGAACUAAACUGCACAAAAAAAGGUUGAAGAAGCUCAGAGACGAGCCCUACACCCAGGCUGAGGCGGAGAGAGCGGCAGGUAUGGGGUCCUAUAUCCCUCAUAAAACAGUGGAAGUGAAGACACAGCCUGUGGAGGAGGACAUGGACGAAGAACCGCCCACGUUAAACCCAGUUACUUAGAACCGCCCACGUUAAACCCAUGGACUGAUCAACCCAGUAACAGAAGCAUUGACAGAACGAGUGAUGCUCCUGUUUGUUCCUGCUGUCACAAAUCCCAGAUGGAUUGUGAAAUGCUUUUUGUCUGUGACGACUCAUACUUGUUUAACAGCCAGCUGUGAUAGAACUGACUGUUUAAUGUCUGCGUAUCACCAGAAUCAGGAAGGCCCCACCCGUCUCUGGGUGCUUUGAUGCAACAUGCACCCAUGUAAAUACAGACUGUGCCUAACUGUGGGAAAUGAUAAUAAACUAUUCAACAGAGA